GCUGGCUUCUAGCUCCGAGCUAGCGGCUCGUCGGGCGGGUGAACACUAGUGACGGGAACUGCGUCUGCAUUAUUUCGGGUUUUGUUCCUGUGGUUCUGAAGACAUCUGAUGACGAUGGCGUGUAGUUUCCUUAACACGGAUGACGCGUCCCCGCCGGCUCUGAGCGACCUGUGUCUGAGCCACGUGAGUCUGAACCUGGAGUGGUUCUGCGUGAAGCUCCCUGACGGGUCCUGGUGCUUCCGGGAGGCCGUGCUGUUCCCCCAAGAGCUGGCGGACCAGCUGCUGGCCAAGAUGGCCACCGAAGGUCUGCUCAACGACAGCACCGUGGGGGUGUUUCGGAACUGUGAGUACCUGCGGCUGAGGCGCGCCUGCAUCCGUACGGCCCGCAUCUCCGCCGAGGCCUUCCAGAAGGCCCUCUGCUCUCACCGGCUGCAGGAGCUGGACGCCGCCAGGGUCAACGCAGACCUCACCAUUCCUGACAUCCUACAGGGGCUGGCCACCAACAAGUACUGCCAGAAGUCCCUCCAGCGACUCGUCCUGACAGGCCUCACCAUGUCCUCUCUGGAGGAACCGGCCCGGCACCGCUUCGGCCUCCUGCGGGGCCUCCGCUCGCUCUCCCUGGCCAACGUGGACUUCUACGACUCCGGGCUGGCAGACGUGUGCUCGCUGCCUCGGCUGGAGAGCCUGGACCUCUCCAACACCUCGGUGACCAACCUGAGCCCCCUGCUGGGCCUGAAGGAGCGGCUGCGCUCGCUCACUCUGCACCAGCUCAAGAGGCUGGAGAUGAGCACGGCUCAGCUGCUGGGGGUCAUAGGCCAGCUGGACGUGCUGCAGCACCUGGACAUCAGCGAUGACAAGCAGUUCACCUCCGACGUGGCUCGUCAGCUGCUCGGACAGCCGGGGAUCCUGCCCGCUCUGGUGUCCCUGGAUGUGUCGGGGAGGAAGCAGGUCACAGACGCAGCUGUCAAGGCGUUCGUGGAGGAGAGACCGGGGAUGACCUUUGUUGGACUUCUGGCCACUGAUGCUGGAUUUUCUGACUUCCUCUCCGGAGAAGGAACCCUGAAGGUAACAGGAGAAGUCUACGAGACCCAGAUCUGCGAGGCGCUGCGGCGCUACAGCGAGCGGGAAGUUUUCGUGAGAGAAGCUCUGUUUCACCUGUUCAGCCUGACCCAUGUCAUGGAGAAACACCGGCCCGACAUCCUCAAGCUGGUGGUUGUGGGGAUGAAGAACCACCCCUCCACCCUGAACGUGCAGCUGGCAGCGAGCGCCUGUGUGUUCAACCUCACCAAACAGGACCUGGCGGCCGGGAUGCCGGUGCGCCUGUUGAGCACCGUCACGGAGCUGCUGCUGGAGGCCAUGAGGACGUUCCCCAACCACCAGCAGCUGCAGAAGAACUGCCUCCUGUCUCUGUGCAGCGAUCGCAUUCUGCAGGAGGUUCCAUUCAACAGGUUUGAAGCUGCUAAACUAGUGAUGCAGUGGCUCUGCAACCACGAGGACCAGAACAUGCAGAGGAUGGCCGUGGCCAUCAUCUCCAUCCUGGCUGCUAAGCUGUCCACAGAGCAGACGGCUCAGCUGGGAGCAGAGCUCUUCAUAGUGAAGCAACUGCUCCACAUUGUGCGUCAGAAAGCCACUCAGGGGCUCGUGGACGCCACCCUCAAGUUCACGCUGAGCGCCCUCUGGAACCUGACCGACGAGUCGCCGACGACCUGCCGCCACUUCAUCGAGAACCAGGGCCUGGACCUGUUCAUCCAGGUCCUGGAGUCCUUCCCCAGUGAGUCGUCCAUCCAGCAGAAGGUCCUCGGGCUGCUGAACAACAUCGCUGAAGUGGGGGAGCUUCACGUGGAGCUGAUGGUGCAGGGCUUCCUGGACCACAUCAGCACCCUGCUGCACAGCCCGGAGGUGGAGGUCAGCUACUUCGCCGCCGGCAUCCUGGCACACCUGACGUCCCGAGGACAGGAGGCCUGGGCUCUGAGCGGAGCGCUUCGCUCCUCCCUGCUGGAGCAGCUGCAUGAUGUCAUCAUGAAGUGGCCGGCGCCCGAGUGUGAAAUGGUGGCCUACAGGUCCUUCAACCCCUUCUUCCCCCUGCUGGAGUGCUUUCACACCCCCGGCGUCCAGCUGUGGGCGGCCUGGGCCAUGCAGCAUGUGUGCAGCAAGAACGCCGCUCGGUACUGCAGCAUGCUGCUGGAGGAGGGCGGCCUGCAGCAGCUGGAGCUGGGUCCACACCCACCCGCAGACCCACAGGACGUCCGGCUGCUGGCCCACGGCAUCCUGGACAGUCUGCAGCGCCACAAGGCCCGCACGGGGCAGCCCGCCCCCCCCCAGAGGUAAG